AUGACAACGCCGUCCUUCCUAACCCCCGAUCUAAACGAUGGGGCAGAGGCAGACCAAGCGUCCAACCCCCUCUACCUAACAAUCCGCUUCUCAGCCUCAAUAGCCGAUCUCCCCCUCGACGUUCUAUACCCCGAGACCACCACCGCAGCUGGCCUGAAACAAUUAGUUCGCACUCGUCUCCCUCCGAACCUCUCCUCCCACCGUCUUCGUCUUAUCUACGCCGGCCGUGGCCUCGAAGAUACCGUCGCUCUCGCUACGUCCCUGAAAUUGCCCCCGUCGCCGGCUCGUUCGCCCAGGGUGCUCCCGAAUCAUGAUGACUCCGAUACUACUCCCCUCGACCCUAAAGGCAAGGGCAAGGCGCCCGUUCGUGACCCGCCCCGUCUCUAUAUCCACUGCUCAAUCGGCGAUAUCGUCCUCUCGGCGACGGACCUAGUCGCCGAAGCAGCUGCGUCGUCGACGCUGCAGCAGCAGCAACAAGAAUCGGAGAAAGAUGGUUCAUCUGCGCAGCGUUCGGGGCUGUAUACCACACACCAGCAGCAGCAGAGACAGUGGCAACAACCCCACGGGUCCACUACGACACCCGCGCCUCGUGGCUUCGACCGGCUGCUCUCGGCGGGGUUUACGGCGGCGGAGGUCACGGCGCUGCGGUCGCAGUUCAUGGCGAUUCAAUCCGUGUCGCGAACGCCAGAUACGAUGCCCAGCGGGGCAGAGCUGCGUGAGCUCGAGGACCGAUGGAUGGACGAGGGUUCGUCGUCCAUGACGGCUGGGGCGGAAGGUGGGGGAGGAACGGCGCUGGCGGACGACGACGAUGGUGGGUUCGGGGCGGGCUCUCGAGGCGCAAUGGAUGAUAUGCUGUGGGGGGCGGUGAUGGGGUUCUUUUGGCCGGUGGGGUGUGCGAUGUGGUUGCGACGAGAGGAGGGGGUUUGGAGCUGGCGGAAAGGGUUGGCGGUGUUUGUUGGGGUGGUGGUGAAUGUUGCGUUCGGGGCAAUGCGGAUGAUGAAUUGA